GACAAUAACAAACAAGUGUGCUGACAGUUAAACUGCACCGAUGCCAAUUUGUUACAAUAGCAGCAAAUAUGAGUACUUUAUAGGUUUUUACAUAUCCCACGCAAAGCACAAAAGAAAGGAAUGUAAAGUAAAGGAAGCGUAAACAUGGGAAACUCUGGCCUGAAGCAACACAUUGAGACUGCCCAAAAAACUGGUGUUCUUAAAUUGUCUCCGGGAAAAUUGAAUCAGUUUCCACCGGGAUUUCAGCAGCUGGAAGGAUGCUUGAGGACACUAGAUCUGUCGGAUAACAAAUUUGUUGUGUUACCGCCAGAAAUAAGUCGCUUCAUGCAACUAAGGCAUCUAAACUUGGGAAAGAACAAGUUGAGUAAGCUGCCGGAUUCCAUCGGAGCCCUAACCAGAUUAGAGACUUUUAAUGCUUGUGAAAACACACUGACUUCUAUUCCAAGAACGUUCUCCAAUUUGAUUCACCUUAAACAGGUAAUUCUAAAUGGUAACCAACUCAGACAGUUUCCAACUGUAUUUUGUGGAUUAAAACAUUUAGACCUGCUGGAUUUAUCGGGAAACUCAAUCCAAGUAGUUCCGAAUGACGUUUAUAAUUUAUACGUAAUAGAAUUAAACUUAAAUAGAAAUGAAAUAUCUAGCUUCUCUCCAGAAAUAGCGAAUUGUCCACGACUGAAAACAUUAAGACUUGAUGAAAACUGUUUAACUCUAAGUGCUAUUCACCCUAGAGUAUUAGCGCAUAGUCAAAUUUGCAAUUUGUCUUUAGAAGGCAAUCUUUUUGAAUUAAAGGAACUAGCAAACGUCGAAGGCUAUGAUGCUUAUAUGGACAGGUUUACUGCUGUAAAGAAAAAGCUGUUUUAGAUUACGCAAAACUGAACAUUCAGCUUUUACAGCCUCAAAACAAGUGUAUGCUUACUUUCAUAUAAUACUAAAUAUAAUGCAUUCUAUCAUGAAAGUAUUAAGCUAACAGUUUAUUACAUCUGAAUGGCCUAGAAAGAUAGAUAUUAUAUAACACAUGUUCAUCAUACUUGAUCAGCAGAAAGAUAUUAGUAUGUGGCAUUAAUAGUAUCGGUUAAUUUAGAAAGCAGUAACUAAUGAAUUGGGAAAGUGUUACUCGAAAAUAUAUAGUAGAAUUAGGUAGUCUGAUUAGAAUAGUUAAUUUAUUGUUUUAUUUAUUUACACUACCGUCUUCAACGAUUACUUCAACCACAGCAGUAAUUUCAUCUUUAUGCAACUUUGUCUAGCAGAUAAUCACCACUAUUCUACCACCCUAGGUAAAGUCUGCAAGAGAAAAUUACCCAGAUCCUAAAAUACUAAGCUCACGGUAACGAUCCAGUAUUUCUAUUCCUGAUUCUCUCAGGUUUCAAAGUCUAAAACUGAACUAGAUUUCUGUUGAUAUUAUUCUUUAUUAUGUUUUCGCAGUAGAAUUAAGCAUCAGCUAAUUCAUUCGCUUGACUAUGUAGAAUACAGUUGCAAACGAUAAAAAUGCAGAUACCUAUAACUUAUUUGGUUUACUUCCCAAUUAAAAUCUGAAAAAUAAUUGAUAAAUCACCUACAAACCGUUUGCGCCAAACAAAUAUUAUUUAAAUUAUAUAUAUGUACACAGUUAAAACUUAAAUAUAUACACUAACUUCAGCACUUGAUCAAAAAGUAUUCAUAUUCCAAGUGUUAAUUGUUAGUUUGUAAUAUAAUACAUAUAACUUGAUGGUCUAAAUGUUCACUUUGAAUUAUAUCUCACAGUGCUUUUGAUAUUCCUGCGGCUUAGCAGCAUGGUGUGAAAAUGGCUGUUUGUACUAUCUGAUUCAAAAACUCUUGUCUUUUGCUCACUUUUCUAUCUUCGCUUUUAACAUAAAAUAUAUGUAUUAAUAACAUAUUUUUCUAUUUGACACUUAUGUAUGAAAAUCAACUAAAUAAUAUAUUUUAUAUAACUGUGGUCCAAUUAUAAGCACUAUGAUUCCAAAGGCUGUACAUCUUUCACUAUAUGUCCACAAUUUACAAGAUUCUUAUAUUCCCUUUAUUAUAUAGGUACUUACUUAAUUUAAUUGUUCUUAGUAUUUGUAUACAGUUUUGAACAUUUGUUAUUAUUGAUAAGUCGACAGAGUAGUAGUGAAUGGUUAUGCAGAAGUAUACUAACUAUAUGAGUAGUAUCAGAUAAACAUAUUUAAGAUUGUACGAUUAUUUUAAACAGAAACAUACGCGCAUGUAUUUAUUUUAACUAGUUUCUCUCAAUAUCGUAAAAUAAAAUAGUUUUGUAAUUUCUUUCAAACUUACUAUCGAUGUUUAAAUGUUUUCAAUUAAAAAAUAAAAUAAUUAACCAGAAGUACUUUCAUUCGAAAUAUAGACAAUCAUAUUUAUUCGAAUUUGACUGAUAAAUUAAUAGUUAUUAUUUAUUGGGUUCCUAUUGAGCUAUUCCAUAAUAGUCAAUUAUAUCAUCAUGUAUAUUCGAUCGAAAAUAUCAACUUUUACAAUUAAAACGUACAAACAAGUAUUUAAUAAUAACAAAAGUCGGUUAAUUUACUUCUAUAAAGUAGUGUAGUUAAUUAAAAUAUAAUGAACUUAUCAUAAUCCAAAUGUCCUAUUACGGGAAAAAGUGAAGUUGGUUGGGUUAUUAUUGAAUUUCGUAUGUUUCUAGAAUGAAAAACUUUCCUAUCUGAGUGUUGAUACGUGAUGCUGUCUAUUUGAGUAACAUCAUUCAAUAAACUACCAUUUUUACAUUGAAACUAAGUUACUAAAUAGAAAAAUAUAUUUGAUUAUGCUGCAUCCAAGGUUUCCACCAAAGUUAAAUACAUGUCUAUUUUUGUUAAUUAAUUUAUACAUUUUAUUAAUAUAAGCAUGAGUACAAAAAGUGUUUAUUAUGUACGUUUCUAGCAAAUUGCCUGUGUUUUGCAUCCUGUGUGUAAAUAAAUGUUUAUCUAUA